AUGGGCUUCUCCGCUCUGCAAUGGGGUGAUCUCGCUGUCAGCUCCUGCACAAUUCUCAUCGAGGGAUUUUGUCUCCUUGCACUCACUCGCCGAAGAAUUUUCAGUCCAGUUAUCAAAAUCACUCAAAUGUUGAUCUUUGUCGAUUUCGUCGAUCUUUUCUUGAAAGUGCUGCACGAUUAUCCAGCUAUUUAUACAGGAGUCGAAUGUUUGCCCUUGACUCUACCGCUUGUCAUUGUGAACGGCUUUCGGUUUCACAUUCCUGGUUACUAUUGGCAGUACGAUUGGUCAAAUGUCUCGCAAAGUCUCUAUCAAACUUUUGCCUACGUAUUACAGAAAACCCUCUCAGCCGACGUUCGACUAGCGAUUGCCUACAUUUUCUACUCAUUUGGUUUCUUCACUCCGACACUUAUUUUCAAUUUAGUCACUGACUACUCUUCCACUUUUAUCCAAGUGGCUCUCCUCUUUGUGAAAGCACUCGAAUACAACAAAUAUAUCUUCUAUGUGAUCUUGGCUCGAUAU